AAGCAUGGCCAUGCUACGAUUUGUGUUGCGCGGUAUUGCGUGAUCCUAGUAAAGUUCAAAGAAUAUGGCAAAAGGUGAUAAAGACUUAGAAAAACCAAUCGUGAACAAUGAAUUACCGAAUCCCGAGUGCCGCAGCACGGACAACGAAGACUCGGAGUCGGCACCGGAGCCGCCUCUCGACAUCGGUGAGCAUUAUUUAGUGCGGCGUUCCGAUGAGUCAUGGCACCCGGCUGAGAUAAUACAGACGCGGUUUUCUGCCGCGGAUUCGUGUUACGAGUACUACGUACACUAUGUGGGCUACGACAGGAGGCUCGACGAGUGGGUUUCCCGCCAUCGAGUCAUGUCCGAUCGGUUUGACGUGUGCGAGCAGUCCAAUAACAACAUAAACUCCGACCAUCUACUCACCGACAAAUCCGGCAGAAAGAUCACGCGGAACCAAAAAAGAAAGCACGAUGAAAUCAAUCACGUCCAGAAAUCGUACGCGGAGAUGGACCCCACCACGGCGGCAUUGGAGAAGGAGCACGAAGCUAUCACCAAAGUGAAAUACAUCGAUAGAAUACAAAUCGGCAAAUACGAGAUCGACACAUGGUACUUCAGCCCCUACCCCGACGAGUACGGCAAACAGUCCAAACUCUGGAUCUGCGAGUACUGUCUCAAGUAUAUGAGGAUGGAGAAAACGUACAGGUACCAUCUCAGUGAGUGCACCGCGAGGCAGCCGCUCGGCAGCGAAAUAUACAGAAAAGGUACCAUAGCAAUAUUCGAAGCAGACGGGAAGGAACACAAAAUCUACUGUCAAAAUUUAUGUUUACUCGCCAAGCUGUUUCUCGACCAUAAGACUUUGUAUUUCGAUAUUGAACAGUUUUUGUUUUACAUUUUGUGUGAAGUGGACAAGCACGGAGCACAUCUAGUUGGCUAUUUCUCGAAAGAGAAGGACUCCCCUGAAGGUAAUAAUGUAGCUUGUAUAUUAACACUACCUCCGUAUCAGAGACAGGGCUAUGGCAAGUUGCUCAUAGCUUUUAGUUACGAGCUAUCUAGAUUAGAACAAGUAGUCGGUAGUCCGGAGAAACCUCUGUCAGACCUCGGCAAGCUAAGCUACAGGUCGUACUGGUCGUACGUCUUAUUGGAGGUGUUAAGUGCGAGUAGAGGCACCCUGAGCAUUAAGGACCUGAGUCAAAUGUCAGGUAUUUCUCAGACAGACAUCAUAUCGACCCUCCAAUCUAUGAAUAUGGUAAAAUAUUGGAAGGGACAACAUGUCAUCUGUGUUACACCAAAGAUUGUAUCGGAACAAUUGGCGAGUUCUCAUUUUAAGAAGCCCAGGUUGACGGUAGAUCCAUCUGCUUUGAGAUGGACCCCACCACACAAACAAGGGAACUCAGCAAAAGCUAAAAAGUAGUAUAGGCUGACAGGCAGAGCAUAGUGAAUCAAAUAUGAUUCACCAGCCAGAUGCCUGUUAAAAGCAGUAGUGAUAGGUUUGUAUUAUAAUUUAUCCAGUGUUAAGGAAUGUAAUAGGCAAUUAGACUUUGUCAAUACUCUGUUGUAAUAGCCUUUCUGGUCUAUCUAUGGGCGCUUCACAAAUUGACAAACAUGGAAUUUUUCAAGCACCCAGGCUUACAAAUAAUAAAAAUUAAAAACGAAGGAAACAUAAUUUCCAUACUAUUACUGUUUUAAAUUUGGUUCCUUUCGAAUGUCAUGUAACGUCAGCCUGAUACCGUGCAAGGCCACCUAAAUAUUGCAAAUGUAUUGAAAAUGUGUAGAACAUGUUGUUUGAUGGAGAUACUUUUCCUUAGUUUUUAUUAUUUGUAGACUCAGGCUAAAAAUGAAUUCAUUUGCUCAAACUCCAAUAGUUUUUUCAGUGUCUAUUUUUUUUCAUUAAAUUUAUUUUACAUUCGCAGGUGGUUACAAUCUGUUCAAAUAUAUUUUUUGUAGGACUUACUUGUACAAUCUUUUGUACAAGUAAGUCCAAUAACAAUUUCUUGUUACAAUUUUUAGAUAAUAAUAAUUGUACAGUGAAAUAUUUUUGCAACAUUAUAAUUUAGAGCAUGUAAAUCAUUAACUUGAAACCUGCAUUUUAAAAGCAUUUUACAAUAAGGUAAUUUAAAUAAUCUUUUGCUUCAUUAUAAUAUUUAAAACAUAAUAAUUCAUUUUUAACAAUUACAUCUUUAGAAAAGAAAUUAAAAUGGUUAAGAUCUGCUUUUGUAAUUAAUUUCAUUCAGUUCCUUAAUUUACUGGUUUAAGUGAUAUUAGUUAUAAGUUUUAGAAUUUUAAAAUACAUUUAAAAAGUAUGCAAAAUAAUUCCCUAUGUUAAAAAAAAAAUCCAUAAAAUGUGUAUAGUCAUAUUGUUCUGUAUUAAACAGAAAUAAUAUUAUAAUUCAGAAUAACUAGAUUAAGGAAGUACCUUAACAAUAUAGGUACUUUAAUAUUUUGAGAAGAGGCUUUAGCAAAAAUAGAACAACAAAGUUUGUAAGUCAAAUAACUUUGUAAGAUACCUAUUUGUUGCAUAGUCUGAUAAAUAAGCUGGAUCGAAGUUUCAUAUUGAAGAUGUUAUGCUCCAAGAUCUGUCUUCUAAUGCCUCAGUCAAAAACCAGUCCCAACAUCUUCAUAGAGAUUUAGAAACUAAGAUUAAUGUAAAAACAUACUGUAAAUAUUAUAGCACUUUGGCAUCCGAAGUGCCCUGGGUCAGGGUGGGCCGACAGGAUACGGAAAGAUUGAAAAGAACAUAAACUACAUAUUGCAUAGUACUAGUGCAAUACGUAAUUUAUACAUGUUCUUAAUUGAAAUUUCGAAUGUUUCCGUAUCCUGUCAGCCCACCCUGCCCCGGGCAGUUCAGAUGACGAAACCGAUAUUAGAUUCUGGUAGGGAUUAAAACAAUUUCUGUGGUAACACAUACCAGAUAGUAUUGUUAGAGUAAUAUGUAAGUUUAAAGUCUUUAUAGAUGUGCCUGAAAACAAGGAUGGCUCUACCUAAUACUCUUAUUCCAUUGAAGUUAAUGGAAUCCGAAUUUGUAAAGUAAUAUGGUAAAGUCAUCUUUGAGUGUUAUUGAUUUGUUCAUGAUUUUCGCAGUUCGCGCCAAAUAUUGCUGACCUUGGUGCGCCGCGUUAGCACAGAAUUCAUAUUAGUACAGCGUUAGUAAACUGUUUUAUCAUCAGACAAAAAGCGCGACCCGCCCAUAUAGCAACAUAAGAGCGCCAUCUAGUUUAAAUGUCAUUCACAACAACUUGGCGCGUUUUACAAAAACUAAUCUAUAUUUGGCGCUGACCUUCACGUUUUAAUUUUAAAGUUGCAACUUAUCUUUAAUAAUGCAUAUUUUUAUAAAGCAAAAUUAAUGUUAUUAAAAUAAUGUUAAAAUAGUAAGAAAUAUGUAGUGAUUUGUUGAUGGUUGCUAUCUUAGCUUUUAUUAACAAAAUAGCAAUUAUGACUUCAAUGAAACCAGUUUAACGAGUGAUUAUUAUUUCGGUGGUUACUUGAAGAAUGUGUACAGAUAAUUUUUCACAAUUUACUUUGAAAAAUAAUAACUUGUUGAGUCUCGUCAAUUUCUAAAUCCAAGUUCAACAAAUGGACUUACAACUGCAUAAACCGCAAAUAUUGUCCGUUAUUUGUCAUGAAAUUAAAAAGAACAAUGUCAAGCCCAUCACUACACUAAUAAUAAUUAUAAUAUUAACUGCAGACAAAAGUUAUGUUUGCAAAUAUUGUAUUUUGUUACCUAAAUAUUUCAUGAAGCUAAAAAUUACCUAACCCCAUUUUUCCAUGAAAUUAUAAUGGUGGGCUCUAGUUUUAAGUUUUCAAUAAUGUAACAAUUUGUCACAGCUUCGUGUCAGAUUGAUGUUGUAUCGGGAGAUCUUUAUGUAUGGAUUCUAUGAAUCAGCAGUUUUCACUGUUUAAUUGUGAUACUUCUUUUAUUGUAAGACCAAACGGCGAUUCGAUAAAUAAAAAAACCCAAACCACAGUG